AUGGAUUUGGGCGAAAGAUCUAACUCAAGGGAAAAGCUUUUGACCAGGCAUGUGAAUAAGUCUUUUGAAUGUGAUAUUUGUAAAAAAAAAUUUACCCAAAAAGCAUCUAUAAAAAAUCAUUUUAAGAUAACUCAUAGAGGAGGAAGACAAUUAAAAUGUGAUAUUUGUAAAUUAGAAUUUUCUCAAUCAUCCACAUUAAAAGUUCAUACUAGGACACAUAUUAGAAAAAAUCAAUUUAAAUGUGAUAUUUGUGAUUACAAGUCUUCUCGAUCAACAAAUUUAAAAAUGCAUAAAAUGGUUCACACUGGUGAAAAGCGAUUUCAUUGUGAUACCUGCGGUAAAGGGUACAUUAAUAAAAAUAAUUUUAAAGAUCAUAAAAUGUUACAUACUGGAGAAAGGCCAUUUAUUUGUGAUAUCUGCGGUAAAGGGUUUAUUCGGAACGAAACUUUAUUUAAUCAUUCAAAGACACACACAGGAGAAAAGCAAUUUAUUUGUGAUAUCUGCGGUAAAGGGUUUAUUCGGAAAGAAACUUUAUCUACUCAUUCAAAGACACACACAGGAGAAAAGCAAUUUAAUUGUGAUAUCUGCGGUAAAGGGUUCAUUAAGAUGACGAAUUUUAAAUAUCAUAAAAUGUUACACACUGGAGAAAGGCCAUAUAAUUGUAAUAUCUGCGGUAAAAGGUUUAUUCGGAAAUAUUCUUUAACUGUUCAUUCAAAGAUACACACUAGAAAAAAGCAAUUUAAAUGUGGUAUUUGCAAUCAAACCUUUUCAUCACAUUUAACAGUGCAUACAAGGACACAUAAUGAAGACAAAUCCAUAUGAGUGUGAAUCUAGGUUCAAGUGUUUUCUCGUUGAAAAAAUUCAAAAUUCCUUAAAAAAUACCAACCAUACUCUGUUUAAUCCUGUGACAAUCGAGUAGUUUUAUAUUUUUAUUGUUGGUUUUUAUUAAUUAUUUCAAUUGUUUUGAUAAUAACUAUAAUUUUACAUAAUAUGAAUAUUUAGUAUUAACAAACUAUUUCUAAUUUAAGUAUAAUUAAGAGCCAAACAAAAUAAUCAUAAAUAUAUAAGUAUUUAUUGCAAAAAUGUAAAACCGAAUAUUUGAUUAAUUUUUUUAUUUAAAAUUUGAUUAUUAAUUUUAUU